AUUCAAUUUCCAUCAUCCGGUAUAUAAACGAAACCAGCACUCGACCCAUCGUUUGUCUGCAGACUUGGAUAAUUUCUUCUUCGUCACAAAUAGAUUCCUGUGCGUGAAAAAAUAUUUCAGUGUUCCUUAUUAAUGUGGUGAAAAAUAAUAAUAAAAUCGAAUCAAAUUUAUCCAAAUUUAAUAUAUAGAAAUAACAGGAAUAUAAUCGAUAAAGGAUAUAUCGACCUCUAAACAUCUUUUUUAAACCGUAGUCCACAAUGGGCUGCGAAAAGACAGAGAAAGAAGUAGAAGCUCCUCCAACCGAGGAAAACACCUAUAUGAUUCACCUUCCAAAAUCACUCAAUAUAGAAGAGAAAAAAUAUUUAUUAGCAGUAGAACGUGGUGAUUUGGUAAAUGUUAAAAGAUUCAUCCAAUAUGCCAACAAAACCCACGGUAAGUCAAUGGACGUCAAUUGCGUGGACAGUUUGGGCCGUGGUGCGUUGUGCUUGUCAAUCGAUUCAGAAAAUCUAGAAAUGGUAAAAUUAUUAGUAGUAAUGGGUAUCGAGACGAAGGAUGCCCUUCUUCGAGCUAUUGAUCAAGAAUUUGUAGAAGCUGUUGAGUUUUUGCUCGAACACGAAGAAUUAUUAACCGCCAAUUCGGUGGAAAAUAAUUCUGAGAAAGAAGUGAUCCACAGUUGGCAAAAGAUCGAUCCAGCCUCCGCUAGGUAUCCACCGGAAAUUACACCAUUGAUUUUAGCGGCACAGCGGAACAAUUACGAGAUUUUGAAAUUGUUACUAGAUCGUGGUGCCACUCUUCCUAUGCCACACGAUAUCAGAUGCGGAUGUGCCGACUGUCUACGAUCAACCAUUGGAGAUCCUUUGAGAAUUUCGUCCACUAGAGUUUCUGAAUAUAAAGCAUUGGCAAGUCCAAGUUUGAUAGCUCUUAGCUCGGCAGAUCCUUUGCUGACAGCUUUUCAAUUGAGCUGGGAACUUCGAGAAUUGACGAUUGCCGAACCGGAAAGUAGAGGCGAAUACUUGAAAUUGCGACGUCAGGUAGAAAGAUUCGCCGUUGAUCUUCUGCAACAAGUGAGAACCACUACGGAGUUGCACACGAUUCUCAACUACGAUCCCGAGGACGAUGCCAACUUGCCCCCGAAGCAGCUGGCCAGAUUAGAAUUGGCCAUACAAUAUAAGCAGAAAACUUUCGUCGCCCAUUCCCACGUGCAGCAACUGUUGGCAGCGAUCUGGUAUGAUGGUCUACCUGGAUUUAGACGUAUGAGCACAGGAAAAAGAUGUGGAAUUCUUGCGAAAACAGCUUUAAUGUUUCCAUUCUAUUGCAUAAUGUAUUUAAUAGCACCAGAGUCGAAAAUCGGACAAUUAAUGCGUAAACCGUUCGUUAAAUUUCUUGUUCACGCCUCUUCGUAUCUAUUCUUCUUAUUUAUUCUAAUGUUGGUAUCUCAACGCGCGGAAAUAGAAAUAGUAAAAUUAUUCGGCAGCGACGAGACAAUAAAAAGUAUGGAUAUAGAAUUAACGAAGCAAAGAGGGGCAGCACCAUCGCUUUUGGAAUGUAUUGUCAUUCUUUAUGUUAUUGGAUUUAUUUGGCAAGAAAUGAGAGAGGCUUACAUAGACGGAUUAAAGGGAUAUCUACGGGACAUGUGGAAUUUCAUCGACUUCACUAGAAAUUUUCUCUACAUCGCGACUGCGAUUCUUCGAUUAGUCGCGUAUCUUCAACAAAAAGCAGAGAUUAGAGACAAUCCUUCAGCAGCUCUGAUCCCAAGAGAGAAUUGGAGCGAUUUCGAUCCUCAGUUAAUCGCCGAAGGCUUGUUUGCAGCCGCCAAUAUCAACAGUGCCCUGAAAUUGAUCCAUUUGUUCAGUAUUAAUCCUCACUUGGGGCCUCUUCAGAUAUCUCUAGGAAGAAUGGUGAUAGACAUUGUUAAGUUCUUUUUCAUCUACACGUUGGUACUUUUCGCGUUCGCUUGUGGCCUGAAUCAAUUGCUCUGGUACUUUGCCGAAUUGGAAAGACAAAAGUGCUACGUUGAUUUUGCUGAUCCAUCUUGGGACCCCGCGAGUGACAAUUGUUUAAGAUGGAGAAGAUUCAGCAAUCUCUUCGAGUCCUGUCAAAGUUUAUUUUGGGCCAGUUUUGGCGGGAUUGGUAUAGAAAGUUUCGAACUCACAGGAAUCAAGAGCUAUACUCGAUUCUGGGGCCUGCUGAUGUUUGGUUCUUAUUCCGUGAUCAAUGUGAUCGUCCUUCUGAAUCUUCUCAUCGCCAUGAUGAGCAACAGCUAUGCUGUCAUCGAGGAACGAGCAGACAAAGAAUGGAAAUUCGCGAGGACGAAGCUGUGGAUGAGCUAUUUCGAGGACAGUGGCACGCUUCCGCCUCCAUUCAACAUUAUCCCUCCCCCAAAACUGUUUCUCAGGUUAUGCGGCCUGCGAAAGAUCACCAGGAAGAUGAGCGAUUGCAAACGAGCACGCGAUUCCAAAUACGGAACCGUGAUGAGAGCGCUGAUAUGGAGGUACAUCGUGAACACUCAUUCUGAACAUGAGAUGAAUCCGGUGACCGAGGAUGACGUGCACGAGCUUAAGUCGGAUCUAUCCUCGUGGAGAUGCGAAUUGUUGGAGAUCUUGAGAAGGAACGGGAUGGAUAUUGCAAGUGCUGACACGAAAGAGAGAACUAUUCUUGGCAAGAAGAUGAAGGUCUGGGAAAGAAGGUUAAUGAAGGAUUUCCAAGUAGCAGUUCCGCUUUCUUUAGACGAGGAUCAAAUGGAAUCUUUUCAGCAACCGAAUGAAGAGGAAGACAACAUCACCAAAUGGAAAAGGAUCGCAAAAUUAGCCGUAUUACAAUCGGCCAAUCAUCGUUGGAAUCAGGUACUGGACAGCGCCGUGAAAAGUUCACAAAUUGGGAAAAGUACUAGUAAGUCGUCUAUUCAAAAUCAGAUAAGCUUGAAGAAAGCUAUGGAAGAGGCGCAAAAAUUGAGCAAUAAGAGUACUUUGCCACCUGUAUCGCUUGCUGUGAAACUUCCUGAGACUACUGCUUCCACGAUUCUUUAUGUUCUCCAUGAUACCGUCGACGAAACUGAUGAUAAAUCUGAAAUGGUGCAAGAAACUUCGAAAAAGAUAAUUAAUGUAACGACAGAUUCCAAAGAAAAAUCGAAACCUGUAAUGUCAAUGGACUAUAUCGAUGAGAAAUCUGCUAAAAUUGUACCACCGCAACAAUUCAAAAGGAAACCUUUGAGCAAUUCAACGACGUAUCAACAACCGCCUGAAAUGUUAUCUUCUCAUUCUACGAAUACUUUCAAAUACACGUCAAGUUCUCCAAUAAAAAAAUCUGGUACAGAAUCAACAUUGUCUACUCAUAUAGAAGAAAUUCCUAAAACAUUGAAAUCACGAUUAAAACCCACAUUAAGUCCUAAAAAAAAUAUAAAUAUGCCGGAGGAUAAGGAAAAAUUGGUAAACGUUAUGCCUAGAUCGCCACGGGGGCCAAGUAAAUCACCUCGAAAAGGAGGUUGGUUGUAAAAUAUUGAAUAAAAGUAAAUAAAAUGUGUAAUUUAUGAGAUUUGAUUUAAAAA